GGGAGGAAGGGACGGAGGAACGAUGGCUCUGAAAGGAGUCUUCAAGGAACGACUUCUUCAGAUCGUUUCGGUGGCUACACAGGUGGCCAUAUCUCGGCGAGUGCAGAGGUACAAGCUCGCAUUGCGCGGGCGUCAAGACGCCGAAAACAGGCGAACAAGAUCGACCUCGGACCAGUCAACGCCAAUGAUAUGGGGAUGGAGUGUAGACGCAUCGUAGAACGCGUUUUCGUUUGAAGUUGGCGUCUUGUUUGAGAGUAGAUGUGACAGAUUUGCGUAGAAUAGGGUAAGAUGUUAUCAUGAACGGAGAUGAAAGGGCUUUUCCAACACGGAGAUGUAGCAUGGAUCAAAGCAUUUGUUGGAUUUCAGCUUUUACAAGCGGACAUCAACGCAGUAGUAUUUUAGCAAGCUUACGAACGCAUACAGGAUACCAUCAGGAUU